AUGGCAACGACAACUCAUUCCACUUCAACCGAAGUACACGAAAAUAAUCUCGAAACCUACUCUCUGGUUUGGCUUGAAUCUGCUAUGAAUGAAGCUAACGAAUAUAUUGAAGCUCAAAAACGACUUCGUAAAUUAAUCAAUCAUCUAAAGAUAUUCGAUGAUGUUGAACAAUGCGAAUCAUAUAUGCGAUCUGUACCUAAAGAUGAUCGAAUUAUUCUAAUCAUUAGCGAUCAAUUGGGUCAAGAUAUUGAAGGUAUAUCUACAAAGGUGAAUGCGCUUGUUGAUCAGAUUCUAUUGGAUCAAACAACAAGAUUUCGUAAUAAAGUUGACGAAAUUCUUCCAAUCAAUAUUUUUAAUUCGGGUACUCAAGCAGAAAAAUCAACAACAGGACUCAAUGGUCAAUUCAUGUUCUCUCAAUUAUUAAUUGAUCGUCUUCUACGGAUGAAACCAAAAGUAACAGAUAAAAAUGAAUUGACCGAUCGAUGUAAAAAAUUCUACAAAAAUAAUUCAAGUGAACUAGCCAUUAUUCAAGAAUUUGAAAAAGAUUAUGUGUCUGAUCGUGCUCUAUGGUGGUAUACGAGAGAAUCAUUUCUCUAUCGAUUAUUGAACAAAGCUCUUCGAACGCAAGAUAUUGAUUUACUUUUUCUCUUUCGAUUUUUUAUGUGUGAUAUUCAAAAACAACUUCAAAAACUUCAAUGUUCAACUUUUCUUCGUGUCUAUCGUGGUCAAGUAAUAUCAAAAGAUGAACUUGAUACAUUAAAAACUUCCACAGGACAAUUUAUCUCGAUGAAUUCAUUUCUAUCGACAAGUCUCGAUCGUCGACUUGCUUUAUCGUUUCUCAGUAGUUCGACAAUAUCGGGUGAUCUUCAACGUAUUCUAUUCGAAAUUGAUCUUGAUCCAACGCUUGCUGGUAUCAAACCAUUUGCUGAUAUUACAUCAAGCAGUUUUUUUACCAAUGAACAAGAAGUACUGAUCAUGUUGGGAUCAAUAUUUCGACUUGUUAAUAUUGAUUGUCAAAAUGGAGUGUGGAUUGCUCACAUGGCAAUAUGUAGUGAUAAUGAUAAUAGUUUAAAACCUAUUUAUGAUUAUAUGAAGAAUGAAUACGAUGAAAACGAUUCAGGAUCAAGUGAUUUCUCAUUUGGUAUACUUUUAUUCAAAAUGGGGCAAUAUGAUAAAGCCGAGAAAUAUUGUAACCGUUUAUUAAGCGAGUUACCUCGUGAUCAUCCAGAUUUAGCUCCUUGUUAUCACAAUCUUGGCAUGGUAGCAAAUCACAAAGGUAAAUAUGAUACAAGUCUUGAAUGGUUUGCCAAAGCCCUUGAAAUGUAUAAUAAAACACGUCAACCUGACGAUCCUGUUGUCGCAACUACUUACAAUAGUAUUGGUGAAGUUCAUUUCCGAAAAGGAAAUCGUACGAAUGCUCUCGAAUCAUUUAAAAAGGCAUUAAGUAUUCGAAAAAAAAGAUUUGGUGAAGAACAUUUGCAAGUAGCAAUGUGUUAUCAUAAUAUGGGCAAUGUUUAUCAAGAAGAGAAAAAAUUUCAAGAAGCAUUCGAAUGUCAUCAAAAGUCAUUGAUGAUUCGACAGAAAUACCUUCCUACUGAUCAUCCGGACAUAGGUGCAUCCGUACAUUGUAUUGCUAGUAUUUAUUUAUGUCUCAAUUAUCCAGAUCUUGCAUUGCAAUAUUAUAAUAGGGCAUUAGAAAUCUAUCAAAAAUCUCUACCAAGUCAACAUCAAGAUAUUGCAAUGUCGCACUACAAUCUUGGUCUUCUUUACGCUGGUAAAGAAGACUUUCAACAGGCAUUAACUCAUUUUCAAAAAGCAUCGACGAUCUUUCAUGUAACAUUGCCUUCUACACAUCCAUUUAUUGGCAUCGUUAAUCAAGACAUUCAGCGUGUGUCGAAUAAACUCAAAUAG